CAAGUGAAAAGGAAACGAAAAUGGCAGACUUUAUCCUCUAUAAGCUUCAAUUAAUCCAAUACGAAUAGUAACAGUUGUAUGGUAUCGCCGCCGAAGAUGGCCGCUAGCAGCGAUCCCAACCCUGAGGGUUCCGAUGAGCAACAAAAACGAUCGGAGAUAUACACUUACGAGGCGCCCUGGCACAUCUACGCCAUGAACUGGAGUGUGCGCCGCGACAAGAAAUACCGUCUCGCUAUCGCCAGCCUUCUUGAGCAGUACACUAAUCGCCUUGAGAUUGUCCAGCUCGAUGACUCCAACGGCGAGAUCCGAUCCGACCCAAACCUCUCCUUCGAUCAUCCCUAUCCCCCAACCAAGACCAUCUUCAUCCCCGACAAGGAGUACCAGAAACCCGAUCUUCUCGCCACUUCCUCUGACUUCCUCCGCAUAUGGAGGAUCUCCGAUGAUCACUCCCGCGUCGACCUCAAGUCCCUCCUUAAUGGCAACAAGAACAGUGAGUUCUGCGGCCCUCUUACCUCUUUCGACUGGAAUGAGGCGGAGCCCAAGCGAAUCGGAGCCUCCUCAAUUGAUACCACUUGUACUAUCUGGGAUAUCGAGAAGGAAACGGUGGAUACCCAGCUUAUUGCCCAUGAUAAAGAGGUUUAUGAUAUCGCCUGGGGCGGCGUUGGUGUUUUCGCUUCCGUUUCUGCUGAUGGGUCCGUUAGGGUUUUCGACCUUCGCGACAAGGAGCACUCCACUAUUAUUUAUGAGAGUUCGGAGCCCGAUACUCCGCUUGUACGGUUGGGGUGGAACAAACAGGACCCAAGAUACAUGGCCACUAUAAUUAUGGACAGUGCUAAGGUGGUUGUUUUGGAUAUCCGCUUCCCUACACUGCCGGUGGUUGAGCUGCAGAGGCACCAGGCUAGUGUCAAUGCCAUAGCCUGGGCACCCCACAGCUCUUGCCACAUUUGCACCGCUGGUGAUGAUUCCCAGGCCUUGAUUUGGGACUUGUCCUCCAUGAGUCAGCCUGUGGAGGGUGGACUUGACCCGAUCCUCGCCUACACCGCUGGAGCCGAAAUCGAGCAGUUGCAGUGGUCAUCUUCCCAGCCUGAUUGGGUCGCCAUCGCCUUCUCCACCAAGCUUCAGAUUCUCAGGUUGUGAGAGAAAGAGAGGUGCAGAUUCAUUUUUUUAGAACGCUUGGGAAGCAUUGAUUUAUGGACCUUGAACUGAAACACAAGAUCAAGACAGCCACUCUUUGCGGUUUGGUUUACACAACAUGUUCUUUGUUGUUCUGUUGGACAAGAUGAGAGUGUUUUCAGUUUCUCUGGUUUUCUGCAAAGUUUAAUUAGUUACUAUAAAUGUGAUAAACGAUGGGCAUGAAGAUGGGUGGGGUACCCUGGGCUGCUUUGAGAUGCUUGUGUUUGUGUUAAUGUUGAACUAGCUUUAGCCAUAGAAUUGUUAUGAACAUGACUGAGUUCUCGAUUGAUCGAUGGAAAAACAAAUCAGUUAUAACCUUGCAGGUGGAAGGAUAGAAGACAAUAUAGCAAUGACAUCAACGGCCAACUACAUGAUUGAAGGACACCGAUUGGUUCAUGUAGAGUGAAAUCUAAUGGCAGUAUAGUUGUUAAGGAGGGAAAUUGAAAAAGAUUGUGGGGGUUAUGAGGAU